AACAAGAUGGCGGCAAAAUAUUUUGUUGUUGUUCGACUAGUUCAUUUUUAAGUCCCAUUUUACCUGAUUUCAGGCCGGUUUACACCGAAAACUGAACUUUUUCUGUCAAGAUCACCUCUUUGAGGGCACCACGGCAUAAUGUCUAAGUUGUGGCAGCAUCCGUAUGUGAAUGUGUUCAAGCAUCUGAACGUGGCAGAAUGGAAGAAAGCCAGCAAAGAAGGGGAGGUGUCAACAAUCAUGGACAAGACCCUGAAGUCCAGUGUGUACCGAGUGACAGGUUCAGUACCUGCUGGUAACUACAUCCAGCUGCCCAAGACUGCCUCCCAGUCCCUGGGUCUCACGGGGAGGUUCCUGUACCUCCUCUUCAAACCCAUCCCGGGGAAGUACUUCGUGGUCCACUUGGAUGUGGCAACACAGGAUGGUCUUGUGAUCAGGAUCUCCUUUUCCAACCUGUUCCGUGAGUUCAAGUCGACGGCGACCUGGCUCCAGUUCCCGUACGUGUGCCACGCCGCCCGGGGCUCGGUCCAGGAGCUGGCAUCCAUCGGUAACCAUGACAACCUGGGCCCCGCUCCGGCCGCCAUGCGCUGGACAGUACUGAUGCUUGACCUGCACUACAUCCUGUCUGUGUACCUCAACCAAAGGUAUGCCUACCUGAAGAGUGUGCGUCUCUGUGCAAACCUGUUUGUCAAGAAUAUGUUCACCAGUGACAUGGAGUAUGAACCAGGUUUAUCCCUAUCUGAAGCGAGAAAGACAGGUGUGUUAGCCCACGGUGUAACCCCCAUGCCACGUGAAAUGGCCUUCCCCCUACCUAAGGGGGAGACCUGGCACGGCAGGUACGACUUUGUCAGGUUUCCCUCCGCAACCAAGAAGUCACCAUUCGACUCCAUCCAGAGGGGGGACAAAACAACACAAGUUUCACAAUUUGCUGAACCUGGCACCAUCAGUCCAAAGAGAACAGAACCAAAGGAGGUUCAAACCAGCCGACCAAUCAGAAACCCCGUAUCAACCAUCAACCACAUCACCUCUCCCAAGAAGGGAUCACACAAGAGGCGACCAAUCACAGCGAGCCUUCCUCCAGUGGGGGUUGGGGUUGCCAGGGAGACCAGCUCGGAAUCUUCCAUUGCUGUCCAGCCGGUGGGGGACGAGGUCCAUGUUUAUGCUCACCCAACAGAUGAAGUUCUUGUACACAGACAUGAUGAGGAGACAGGAAAGGUGUCAUCGUUCCGAGCGAGUGUUCCAUCCACAGCAGGACCAAUCAGGUCCUCCGUACCAAAGCAGACGGCGCCACGUCCCCUCGCGCCAGUCUCCAAGAAGUCACGCCAUCGCACGUUGAAACCUGACCCCAUCCUGAAGUUGAAAAGGAUUGUGGGUUUUGGAGGCAGCACAACAAGAGAUGCACUGUGGACAGCCAAUGGCCAGGAGGUUGUGUACCCCUGCCAUGCUGUCAUUGUUGCCAUGGAGACAGACAAUGGGCACCAGAGGUUUCUCAUUGGACACACAGACAAGGUCUCAGCCCUGAGUUUUGACGGGUACUCCCGACUGCUGGCCUCGGCACAGACAGGUUCCACUGCCGUGGUCCGAGUCUGGCGUUUCCAUAACGGAGAGUGUCUGUCUGUCUUCAAAACACACGUCCACUCUGCACACAGUCUCAGUUUUUCCCAAGAUGGUGAUGUUCUAUGUGGAGUUGGAAAAGAUGGUCAUGGUAAAAAUAUGGUGGUGGUGUGGGACACGUCGCGGGUGACUAGGGGAGGGAAUGUGGAUGUCCUGGCUAAAGCACACACAGAUGUGGACAUCAUACAGCUCCGACUGGCUCCUCAUGACUCCACAAGGAUGGUUUCCUGUGGGCGUGACAAUAUCCGGUUCUGGCGGCUGAAGCACGGUUCUCUGCGGUCGGCGCCGGUGUCCCUCGGGGAGUACCACACCAUGGAGUUCACCGACAUCAUGUUUCCUGUCACCGCAGACCGCGAGAGUCACACAUCGGAACACAGGCUUGUCUAUGCCAGUACCAGGUCAGGGUAUAUAUUUGAGGUGAAUGCUGCAGACAUCUCGAUCCACCAUGUUCGAAGGCUGCUGCCAGUCGACCCCGGGCCGCACCGCGAGAAACCAACCUUUCACUCCGUUGCAGGUGGGAUAGCAGUGAAUGCCAUCUAUGUAAACGAGAGCUUUUGUGUGACUGGGUCAGAUGAUGGCUACCUCCGGCUCUGGCCACUGGAUUUCACCAGUGUCUUCUUAGAAGCAGAGCAUGAAGGUCCAGUGACAGCUGUCAGAGCUAGCCAUGAUGGGUUGAAGGUCUUGGCAGGCACUACCACUGGAAAUCUGGGCAUUCUGGACAUCCCCACGCGGUCCUACACCACAGUCAUGCGGUCACACACUGACCGUAUCUCGGACAUGAGCCUGGACAUGACACGGGCACACAUAGCCACUGUAUCGGCUGACCACACCAUCAGGGUUUGGGACAUGACCAACUUCAAGCAGUUGUAUGACUUCAGUGCCCCUAAGGAGUGCCCGUGUGCAGUAGCGUACCACCCCUCCCAGCAGGUUCUGGCCUGUGGGUUUGAGAAUGGCUGUGUCAGGGUCUUCAAUGUGGCCAGCACCAGCCUCAUAGCAGAACACAAACAACACCGAGGGAAGGUUGUAGGUCUGACGUUCUCCCCUAGCGGCUCUUACUUGUACAGUGCUGACUACUUCGGUACCCUGGUCAUGUACACUACCACUGAGCCUGACUACGCUAUCAUCAGAGUUCUGGGUAAUAUGGUUGCCAGGAGCGAGCUCCAUGCCCCCCAUGCCCUGACCAUGAGUGAAGACAGUCGACAUCUUGCCUUCAUCGGACCCUCUGACUUCACAGUGUCAGUGGUAGAUGCAAGAUCUCUGGAUGAGGUUUUAAGAGUGGACAUCACAUCUAUGGAGCCAGACGUGGCCCGGUCAGUAGUGGACAGGGCGGUGAGAGUCCACUUCUCUCCUGCCGCGGCCAGACAGCUACUGGUCGCCACGUCUUCCAACCGACUUCUCCGUCUGGACGCCAGGACAGGCCGGCUGUUAAAUGAAGUGGCCAACAUCCACAGGUCCAUCUGUAGUGCCCUGGCGGUCAGUCAGGACUGCAGACAGCUGGUGACCACAGGUGACAAGGUGGUGAAGGUGUGGGACUACCACAUGAGGCUGGACAUCAACUUCCAGGUGUUCAUCGGGCACUCUGAGGUGAUCAGUGGUGUAGGGUUCACUCCUGACAGUACAGGCCUGGUCACCGUGGGAGAUGCCAUGUUUCUGUGGGACGUCAUGGCUAAUGUGAAAAAACCUGAGGAACCUGGGGGCAGGACUCCAAAGAAGACCUGGCAUGAGGCUGACCCUGGCACUGAUGAGCCCGUCCCUGAUGUGAGAGAGCAGUUGUUAUUGGACACGAGUUACCAGCCCCGCCCGGCACCUGUCCCUACCCGGUAUUCCCCACAUAACCUCAGCUCUAUCCACCCCACCAUGAACGGAGAGAUGCACACUGAUGAAUUGAGAUCAGAGACGGAGUCUGAGAUGGGAGGAGCAGAGGUUCUGAUUGGUCCAGAUCUGACAGACAGAACUGACGAGGAAACUGACACAGCAACAGAUGCAGAAUAUGCCCAACCAGAAAGCCUGGGACACAGCCGCAGGGUGCAGCCACACCAGAGGGUGGUUAGCCCUGGGAAGAUGCCUGCAGGUAAGGUGCAGGAUCCCAGGCUAGAGGACAGCAGCUCUAGGCAUGAUCAACCUCUAGUGAAGAAACAUUUUGUGUCGAGGGAGAAGUCGUCUAAUUUGGCUCAGAGGAGGUACACAGCGCCCCCUAACCAGGCAGGACUGACACUGCAGGCUGUUAUUGGGUACAACGGGAACGGCAGGGGAAACAUGGUCUGGAACUCUGACACAGGUGUGUUUGCCUACACCAGUGGUUGUGUGGUGAUCCUGGAGGAUCUGAACUCAGGUGAACAGAAACACCUGACAGGACAUGUGGAGGAGGUGUCAACACUGGCAUUACAGAAUGACUGUCAGGUGCUGGUGUCUGCAUCUGGCAGCCGCGGGCUGGUGAAGAGCCAGGUGUGCGUGUGGGACCUGCAGAAGAACAGCUGUCGGCAGGUGCUGCACUAUCACCAACACAACAUCGUCUGUCUGGCCUACUCACGGGACGACCGCUUCCUGGUCACAGUCGGAGACUACAGAGAGUGCACCAUUGCGUUGUGGAACACGUUUGACUACUCCCUCCUGACGGCUACUAAAACAUCCCUCCCCGUCCACGACCUGAGCUGGGAUCCUUACAACGCUAACGAGUUCACCUCCGUCGGCCAGGGUGGAUCCAUCUAUUUCUGGCUAGUGGACGAAACCAACAACAAAACUGUGCUUAACGUGCAUGAAGCUGAUGUUCCAAAAGAGAUCCUUCAGUCACAGUCUGUGGUCCCCACCCCUGUAGACUUCACAGCCCUGUGCUAUUCUGCUGACAACAUCCUGUAUGUGGGAGGCAGUAACGGUGUGGUGUCAGCCUGGGACACCAGACAGAACAUGUGCUUCAUGCACUGGACUGCAGACUCCAACGAAAUUGGAGUUUUGGUGUGUAAAGCGGCGAGGCUGGUGACAGGUAGUACCUCCCAGCGACUGAGACUGUGGGCAGUGGUAGGGGUGGGCGACAUGAGGAUACCCACACAGUUCAACACGUAA